AUGCCCAAGAAUACCAGCACUCCCAACCCCAAGGGGGCCACCGAGCUGCCAAAAGCACUCGGAUACGAGCUGAAAGAGAUCCAAGAGAUGCACGAGAGAAUGAAUUUCAGCAUCUCUCAAAUGAUUCGCACCGCGGGAGCCAUGACACUGGGUGAACUACAUGAAUAUUGCCGGAUCGCAGAAAUUGUGAAUCACAGAGCGGCCGUUCUCCGGAACCAGCUGGAGAGCAUUGACCGGAUCCGCCUCAACGAGAUCUGCAAGAAGCUCUGGGACGUUGAGUGGUCCGCAAAGCGGCUGUCCGGUAUAUAUUGGACACACGCAACUCUCUUCAGUGGCUGGAUGGAAGAACUUCGCAAGCAGUCGUCUCAAGAGGCCUCCCACCUCCAAUCCCUCCUCCACGACCCCAUUUUCGAGCCCCUGCGCGUGAACGGUGUCGGAGUGGUAUAUCAAAAUGACCCGGAUAUUUCGCCAUAUACUCCCGAUAAUUUUCGGCAGAUGGCUGAUCGGAGUUGUCUUCAGACUGAUGCCGUCGAACUCCCCCGCGCUCCCCAGAUGCCCUCCCCAUAUGCGACAUGUCCCGCACCGCUGCUUGGAGAUGGGCUGGUAACAUAUCACCGUCAGCCCACAGCCUCGAAACUGAGAAAUCCACCACAAACACCAACCAUUAAUCCUGCUCUGUUGCAGUUGAGGGGUCCCACCAGCAUCAUGAAUUGA